UCAUACCACGGGCACAAUAUCAGUUUGGCUAAGGAUAAUCCACUGGAUACAAACAGGUUGUUCAAAGAGAGCCGCAUGGCAGCUUAUAGUACUCAAAUCCCUGGUAUGGACAUUAAUUAUAGAUAGAAUACUCGAAGGCAUUCUUUUCACAUGUAUAGUUGAUGCUUCAUGCGAUCUUGCAAGCAAAAACGCAGUUUAGAAGAUCUGAAAUGCUUCCAGCGGGAAUAAACCAACUCUGGAUAUUCGCUUUAAAGUCGUUAGUUAGAGCCAGUGCUAGUUAAUAGCACAGUGAGUGACGAGUCGAAGCGUCGCUGAUCAUUAUUUCCCUCAACGCUACCCGAUCAUUCAUUGCAACUUACCGCUCACGUUGAGUUGAACCAGUUGUCAUAUAUUUAUAUUCAUAUGCGCAGAAGGGCCCCUCGGUUAUGCCCGUGAGCAUACGGCGCCGUUCCUUGCGGAUUUUGAGUGCUGUUUGUAUUUGGCUCGGACUUUGAAACUGGACACCAGACACGAGUGAAGGGGGUUGGCUGCCUGCAGACUCUACAUGUACAUCAGCGCCUUGAAUACUCAAGGGAUGAGGCGAAGGAACAAGAGGAUACGGGGAAUGCAUCAGAGAUGUAAAUAACUCCUUGGUUUCAUCUUGAAGAGUGGAAGAUGACGAGCAACGUCUCACUGGUGAAACAGCCAAGAUCACGUAUCAGUUUUUGAUCAAUGAAAGGCGACCACGUGCGCUUCAAAUUGGCGUUACUGUACUCGCUGUUUGUGAUUUUGCUGGUCUUCAGUUCGAUGUUUGGGACAGUUGGGACGUUGCUUUGGUAAGCAAAUACACCCAUGGCUAGACUACAGGAAGAAGAUGUGUUGAAGUACCUAUCCGCCAUGGAACGGUGGAAAAUCGAAAAUGUUUGUAUUAAUUCUUGCAUAAAACAGUAGGUGGGUUUUACUCUGGACGGUACCGAUUAAUUUCGAAGAUGACGGUGUCGAGAAUAUAUCAACAACAAAGUAACUCUCGGGUUGAUGAACUUAAUGAUGAUCUUGACGAGAUCAGCAACGAUAUCAGGUGAAGCACGACGGCCUGGCAAAAAGUUUGCAUGACAGAUGGACUGAAUAUUAUUAUUGGGAUUAAACUCUAAAGCAUUGAGCCAGCAACAACGCAAGCAAAUAUUAACCUACCAGCAAGAGAUAAGAUAUUUGUUCUGAUACAUGGAUCAUGGUCGAGUCUGCGCGUUGUGGAAUUUAAAGUAGCUUUAUUCGAUAAAGCGAUUAUGUCAAGAAUUUAUUUUCGAUGUAAUAUCCUUGGCGGUGGCGAGGGGAUAUACACGCUGAAGUGGCACUUGGUGUGAACGCUAAUGUGUUUGUUGGCUGCAAUCACACAAGACCGAUGGAGAGCCUAAUGGUGUGUGAUUGGUGUGACGGUAUGGCUUGUAAGCUUGUGUAGUUGAAGCUGUGAUGAGACAGGACAGGAGAUGCAGAGGCUAGGUUUCAAGUCUUGUGUUCCUGGAAGGUCAUACCAAGAAUGGCAUACCGUGAGGGUCAGGGUUUGGAGCAGCAGUACAGCCCAAAGAGACCCGAAACUGAUCUCUCAGGUGCGUUAAGCUUGACCGUGGAAGCUGUUACUCUCAUUGGGAAUAUCUUCCCCACUCUGGUGGCGUUUAAGCUCAAGAAGCGAUCUGAACGAACUGCUACUGAUCUCUUGAUCGGUUCUUUAGCGGUGACUGACAUAUUAGCUGUUGUGAUGCCGCUACCAGUGUCUUUACCGAGCUUUAUAGCUCAAGAUUCGUGGACUGGUGGUAAGAGUGCCUGCUUGUAUUAUCAAUUCAUGGUCUUCUGGUUGCAGAAUAGCGCCAUGUUGUUGGUAACGGCUAUGGCUCUUGAAAGGUUCCUAGCAAUCUGCCUUCCAAUGCGGUAUAAGAGAUGGACAACAAGGACUAGAGUUAGGAUAACCAUAGCCUUUGUCUACACCUUCGCCUUUACAACUUCAUGCCUUCCUUUCUUCGGACUAGCCCCUCCUGUUGUGCUUGUGAAGGACGACGAGAACCCUGAAUCCUCCAAAGCCCUUUGUCGGUCUUGGAUAUCCUCGGGGCCAGACCACUGGCAUCAGAGUAUAUUCCCAAUGGUAUUAAUACUGGAAGGUUGGAUCACAAUGGUCUUGGUGUUAAUCUUAAACACUUGUAUCAUUCGACGUCUGACACGAUUCAGAAGACGAUUAGAGUCCACCGAAGUGACCUAUCCAAUGCGGCCUAAGGAUAGUCGAGCAGAGACUCCAAGUGUCGCUACAGAGCCAGCGGUACCAGGGCCAUCUUCUUCUACCGUCGACCGACGCUCUUUACGGGAGUUCUCCAAGCUAGUCAUCGUGGUAACUGUUCUCUUCUAUUGUACCUGGCUUCCUGUCAUGGUAGUCAUGACGUUGACUCAAUGUGGAAUGGUUGUCAGUCAACUGGUGGCGGUCUAUGCAGUUAUGAGCACAACACUCAACGGACUGCUCAAUCCAUUCGUGUAUGGCGCCCUCAGUCGGCAGUAUAGACAGGGAUACUUCAGAUUGCUCAACAGCCUCGGGACACGAUGUGGUUUACAUAGGAUAUGCAAGGGUUGUGUAUCCUCCAACACUGCAUCCGAAACUCCACAACAAAGCAACACAUCAACCAAGAAACAAACCGAGCAGACCUCUUUAAAAUGUAUCAACAUUACCGUCAACAACACGGCCGAGACUGAACAACUGAAUACAACACAGGAUGAACAACGAAAAGAAACAUCUAUAUGAAAAGGUGUCUGCAGUUACAGCUAGGAACAGUUUUGGGCUGGAUUGAUGCAUCGUAAGAGCUCAAGCUUCAUUUUUGCAUCCUAUGAGAAUGGGAUCUGAAGAUCAACCAUAGUCACUUGAAAGGCAUUGGGAGGUGCCUGUAUUUGUUUUUAUAAAUUAUAAAUUUAAUUAUGACUUGUAUUUUCAUAUUUUAUUCGUCUUGUAUGUGCGAUUAUGCCUUGCCUUGUUUUUUAAUGUCGUGAGAAAUAUACAUUAGUCUAACCGCGAAUGGUGUCGCUUUAUUACAUUAAAGGAUGUUUCCAAUUGAUUUACUGUACAAGGCACAAGGGAAAUCAGAAAUUUUACGAUUUUCAUUUUCAACGAAAACGUUAUGAAGAUCAUCAGCGGCCGUGUGAUGUGGAUUGUAUAAAAGCUGCUUUCCAUAAAUUAAGAGCCUCUUAGUGUCAGACCUUAAACAUGUUUUCCAAGAAAAUGUGUGCCUGGCAAUGUUCUUUGUUAAAACCACCAAUCUGUGUAAGGCGUUGAAGACGCGAAUGUCUGCAUGUAUGUCAUCAAUGAUAAAGCUUUAAAUUUUGAUUAGGUAUAAGUGCGCCAGCUAAAAAUAUUAUGAUGAAUGUGGCUGUGGCUUGGUGAUGAUUCUGGUUUGGACAUGAUUGAUGGCAAUGGUGUUCGAUGUGAAAGCGUGGGAUGUUAUAGUGAUGUAUAUGGUCUAAAUUGUAUUUGAUUGGAAUUGUGUAGUGGUGAUGAUAUUAGAAUGUGGUGGCGAGAUAUAGUGUUGCAAGGCGGUGGUGUUAAUGUUCCCUUAUGAUGGUAAUGGUAAAUGUAUUUAAUAAGGUGAUUAUGAUUCGUUUCGGUUUGGAGUGACAUGGAGUGUUUGCUUGUAAGUCCUAUAAGUAGGAUUGUGAUGUGAGGACGAUGAUGAUGGGAUGACUGUCAAGUUAUGGGAGAUGGGAAUACUUCUCGGGUCAUAGGUGACUUGGGAAGCAAGGGAAUGUAAAGAGAGAACAGAGAGACAGAGACGAAGAAAUGUCAGCUGAGCAAAUGGUACAACUGCACUGCUUAAGAUGAAGCAGAUGAUAGCAAGGAUGAGUGGUUAGUUCUUAAGAAGGUCCUGUACACGUGUUUACUUCUACACACUCGUUUCGUGAGAUGAGAACCUAAGUUUUCAUAUCACGCAUGUGAGUGUUACUCGGAUGUAGAUUCAUGACUAAUACCAUGUACUUAGUUUGAACAGUCUCCUAUCUGCAGAAGAAUUUUUCUCAUGUCGAUCAUUGUUGAAGACUUACCCGAGAAGAUUGAAUUUUAAGUGUGCAGCUGUUGAGGUGAGUGAUCAAUGAUGGAAUAUGAUUGCAAAAUAAAUAGAUGGAGGGGGUCUUGAGAAGAAUGGCAAAUAUGUAGUGUUGGGAUGGCAAAAGGAUGACCAAACAGAAGGGAGUCUUAGAUAAAAUGUAAAGGGAGAGUUAGAUAUUUAUCAGGGUGCAGGGUUAAGGCACUGGAGAGGUAACCUUUCAAUGCAUCGAGCUUCGGGAAUUGGUCGACAAAAUGUUUAAUGAUCAAAUGCGGCACUCAGCUAAGUUAAAGUGUCCGAGACAUACUGUUGCGACUUAUUCUAAUCCAAUUCUUCUUGUUCUGUGUCUUUAACGUAUACAGCUUAUUUGAAAGUUCAUUACCAAAUGUUUAAUUGCGCAUGUAAUGAUAUGAACAAGAGAUAGCAAUGAUAGAGGGUUUAUACUUGUGAUGCCAGUUUGCUUGGGGUUCAAAAUUAUCUGGUGCACAAUAAGCUGCAGAACGCUUAUAGAAAAACUUGCGUGAAAAAGGGAAACUGUACAGAGACUGAUUGAUUGGUUUCCUUUUGCAGGAAAUGAGAGGUAAAAUGACUAAAGGAGGAUAGACAAUAAGCGGGAUGGUCGAAAUUACAGAUGAAAAGAAUUGAUAAAUGCAAGAAAGUCAAUAGUGCAGAGGCUGGAAGACCUGGAGAGAACAGACAGAGAAAGGCAAUGGUGACAUGACGGUGAAUGAUGGCAGCAGCGAGAGGUGCAUGGGGAUAAUAAGAUAUUAAUUAAAACAAAAACAAACGAGAUGAGAAUUGGGAAGAUAAGGAUGAUUAAUAGUGUUUGCGUGCACUGCUGACGGUGUGUCUGGAAAACUGAUCAGGAAACGUGACAAAAAUAAGAAAUUUAGAAUUAUUACCGUUCCCUAAAAGGUUUCGCGUGGUGUAAUGUUGAGUAGACGACGAUGUGAUUCACUAAUGACAGAAAACAAGAAUUUCAGCUGGCUCAUCGUGUGACUCGAACUUCUUACCCUUGCUGAUGGGACUCGUACUCCCAGAGGUUAAGACAUAGUAAGGAGGAAAUAACGUGAUGACGCACGAAUUUGUGAGCAGAAGAAGAGUUGAUUGCUGUGGUAAUUAUUGCGGUGACUAUAGUGACGACGGUGAGGUGGUGAUAUCAAGUAUGAUUGGGCGGUGGUGAUAAGGAUGGUGAUGUGGUGAUGGUGUUGUGGUGUGAAAGUGAAAGUUUAACGAUGAAUGGUGGUGACGGCGGUGGGGAUGAUGGAAUUGGUGAUUGUUAUGGGGAUGACAGUAAAGAUGUGAAUAUUUGAUGAGCACUGUUGGUUUUAAUAAUGACUGCUUGUUUGGCUCAUUGCAUGCUCUUUAUGUGCGCUUCAUUGCAGCUUGUUGCAUUUGGGUAAACAUUUCAUUGAUUCCGUUCAUGUAUAAAGAAAACACUGCUGUUACAUUAUACAGAAUGCAACGACAAUAAACAAUAACCGAAGAAGUCU